AUGCUCUCCUCGCGCGCCCAUAGCAUGGACAUCCCCAAUUCCGGCCCCGGUGUCGAGCAUCACUGGGGCUACUAUAACCGCCAACUCCCAUGCACCAGCGACAAGGGCAAAUGCGCCUAUCUCGACACGGUGUAUCACUCGCACGACCUGUCUAUUCUCUACAGUGCCAUUCUCUGGGGUGUAAUUCUGGGUGUCUUGUUGCUCUGCGCGCUGCGACGGCUCAUCCGCGUCCGUCGAACAUCACAUACUUCCAGUCAAGAUGCAGAAACGGAAAAGAUUCAGCCUCAGAGCUUCAUCUAUCGCUGUCAACAAUCCCUCAAAUCAGCCUACCACCGUCAUCUUCUUCGAGGAUAUCUCCCCAGCGUAUUCGGCCACACAACCGGCUUUAACAUCCUCCUCCUGCUCAUCCUAACCGCCUACCUCACCAUUUUCUCCUUCGUCGGCAUCGUCUACAAAACCUGGUACAGCCCCGUCAAAGGCUAUCCUAACCUGCAGCAGACCCGCGUCGGACUCGGACCCUGGGCCGACCGGCUCGGCGUCCUGGCCUACGCCCUCACGCCGCUGGCCGUCCUCUUGUCCACCCGCGAGUCCCUGCUCUCAUUGCUGACAGGCAUCCCGCACCACCACUUCCUCUUCCUCCACCGCUGGCUCGGAUACAUCAUUUACAUUCAAUCGUUCCUGCACGUCAUCGGCUGGACCGUCAUCGAGGGCAAGCUCUACCAGCCACAGCCCUCCACGUGGAACGAGUUCAUCGCACAAGAGUACAUGAUCUGGGGCGUCGUCGCCAUGAUCUUUCUGUCCUUCUUGGUCUUUUGCUCCGCGAAAUGGUACAUCCGAUUAACGGGGUACGAAUUCUUCCGCAAAUCGCACUACGUCGUGGCCAUGCUGUACGUCGGCGCCUGCUGGGGCCACUGGGCGAUGCUGUCCUGCUGGAUGAUCGCCUCGUUGACGGUCUGGCUGUUAGAUAGAGCGGCGCGUCUCCUGCGGACUGUCCUGCUGCAUACCACCACUGCCUCCUCCUCCGAGAAACCAUCGUGGCUUGGCAAUCUGCGCAUGCACAUCCCGACAGCGCAGAUAACCUCCUUCCCCAACGACACAGACAGCGACGUCAUCCGGCUGGAUUUCACCCUCUCACACCACCACUGGGCCAUCGGCCAGCAUUUCUACCUCUGUUUCCCGGACUUGAGUAUCUGGCAAUCACACCCAAUGACGCCCAGCAGCGUGCCUACAGACAGCCGCCAGCAAGCGCAGACACAUACGUACAUCAUCCGCGCGAAAAGCGGGCUCACGCGGCAGCUUGGUCUGCUCGCGCGAGGAAACCAGACCUCGACCUCUGUUGUCCUCGCAGGUCCAUACGGACAGUCCAUCCUGAGCACUGAACUACUGCAAACAGACGUCAACAUCCUUUGCGUCGCGGGCGGCACAGGCGUAACCUUCGUCCUGCCUGUCUUGCUUCAGCUAUCUCGUCAACCAGGCUUCCCGUCACGAAGCGGUCUACUCGAGUUCAUCUGGGUUAUCCGCCGCAAGGCCGAUAUGCAGUGGAUCAAAGCCGAGAUGGACGAGCUGCGGUCUGCCGCGAAGGGGUGUGCCAAUUUCCGGAUUAAGGUGUUUGUGACGCGCGAGGGGGAUGUCGAGUCCCAAGUCGAAAGCCAAGAACUGGAGAAGGAGCUGGUCAAGGAGGGUAUCCAGCGGACUGAGUCUAAUACCUCGCGGGACGGAGAGACGCCGUUUACAAUACACUACAUGGGUUCCAACUCCGGCUCUGACUCUGACUCUGGCUUUGCGGGGACGAAUCGACACCCCGAUGUUGCCUCGCACGUUACUGAUUUCGUGUCGAGGACGGUGCAGGGCCCGACACGCGUCCUUGCCAGCGGUCCGACAGGACUACUUUCCGAUCUGCGGAGGGCGAUUGCGUCGUGUAAUGAUCCUGCGCGGGUAUGGAGGGGUGAGGAGCGGUACGAUGUGCAGCUUGUUCAUGAUGAUCGGCUGGAGUGGUAG